CGCCGGAUCGGCGCGCAACGUCGACGUCGCUGUCGUCGUGACUCGAUUGUGCGCAACGCAGGUCUGUCGUUUGACAGCUCGAUCACGGUGAUCGCGGUGCGCGGUACGUGCGUACGUCGCGGUGAUUGCGUUCCUUUGUGCCGCAGGUUUUUUCGUUCCGCUGACCGCGUUCUUCGUGCACGAAGACGCGCUAGAAGGGUAGGAAGUAACGAAUAAUCACAAGAAGCUCUUCGUGGGUCAUUGCUCUGCCAGUGACGCGAGUAUGUCGACGACGCCGCGACGCGAAUUUUCGCCUCGCCGGCACUCGCACUGGUGCCUGGUUGCGAAGUAUCAAAAUCAGUUGUGAUGUGUCUAAAAGCGGACGCGGUUACGCGGUGCGUAGAAAUGACACUCAUGCAUCUCUCGUGGAAUUCUUACAUCUAAGAGCAUCGUCGUACCGAAAGUGAGAAAGAAAGGAGAAGGGAGGAGAGAAGGCGGAGGGUAAAGAGAAAGAGUGCGAGAGAGAGAACGUAGGAGAAACGUUCUUCCUUCCGUUCCCGGCGGAAGAUCGCGCGAAAGAAACGAGAAAGGCGGCCGGCCGAUCGAUGUGUUAUUUGUGAUGGGAGUGCCUGCGCGGGGAGCACUCGCGGCGAUCGUGGCGGUAACCGCGCUCGCCGUGUACCUCAACAGCCUAGGCUGCGGCUUCGUCUUCGACGAUAUCUCGGCGAUCAAGGAUAACCGCGAUCUCAGACCCCACACGCCUCUCAAGAAUGUCUUCUACAAUGACUUCUGGGGCACCCCGAUGCAUAAGGAACAAUCGCACAAAUCUUACAGACCUCUUUGCGUUCUCACAUUCCGAUGGAAUUACUUAAUUCAUCAGUUGGAUCCUAUGGGAUAUCAUCUGCUAAAUGUUCUUCUACAUGUUGGAGUAUGCCUAUUAUAUUUCAGGACCUGUUUGAUGUUUCUACCAGAUGCAGCAAGUUUUGUGUCAUCUUUAUAUUUUGCUGUGCAUCCUAUACACACAGAAGCAGUCACAGGUGUAGUUGGUAGGGCAGAGACUUUGUCCUCCUUAUUUUAUCUGGCAGCUUUAAUCACAUACACUAAAUGUUGCAAGAGCAAACGAUCUACAGGGUGGAAAUCCUUGAUACUGUCUAUGUUUUUUGUAUUUACUGCAAUGCUGUGCAAGGAACAGGGAAUCACUGCCACUGCGGUUUGUGUAUUGUACGAAAUUUUUGUUGUACAGAAGGUUAGAGCAAGGGAUAUUUUCUUAGCACUAAAGUCAGCUUUUGGUGGUAAUAAAAUUUCACCUGCAUGGUCAGGCGAGGGUACAAAACGUCUGACAGCCCUUACACUUGUUACAUUUAGUCUGCUUAUCCUACGAUUACAUAUAAUGGGCUCAAAGUUACCUGUAUUUACCAGAUUUGACAAUCCCGCAUCGGUUGCUGCCACACCAACGAGACAGCUUACGUAUAAUUAUCUGGCCGCAGUAAAUCUAAGACUGCUAUUUCUUCCAAGUGAUUUGUGCUGUGAUUGGACAAUGGGAACGAUACCAUUAGUAGAAAGCUUUACCGAUGUUCGCAAUUUCGCAAUCCUAGCUACACAUGGAACUGUAUUCGGACUACUCGUGACAGCUGUUAUAACACGUAGCAGACAAACAUCUGUCAUUCUCAUUAUGAGUUUGGCUAUGAUGAUACUCCCUUUUCUCCCUGCAUCAAAUCUUUUCUUUCCGGUCGGAUUUGUAAUUGCUGAGAGAGUGUUGUACGCACCUUCUAUGGGGUUUUGCAUGCUUAUUGGAUAUGGAUGGAGCAUUUUGGCGGAUAAGAAGUGCAAGAAGCUAGUGCUAUUUCUACUCAUAACGCUUUUAGCGUCCCAUACGACGAAAACGUUCGUCAGAAAUUACGAUUGGUUAGAUGAAUACUCGAUAUUCAUGUCUGGUUUGAAAGUGAACGAUAGAAAUGCUAAACUAUUCAAUAACGUGGGCCACGCGUUGGAAAGCCAAGGUCGUUUUAAGGAAGCAUUGAAUUUUUUCAAUAUGGCUGUACAUGUUCAGGGUGAUGACAUUGGAGCACACAUUAAUGUUGGACGAACUUACAAUCAUUUGAAAAUGUUCAAGGAAGCCGAAGAUGCUUAUUUAAAGGCAAAGUCAUUAUUACCGAAAGCGAAACCGGGAGAAUCCUACCAAGCACGUAUAGCACCAAACCAUUUAAAUGUGUUUGUUAAUUUGGCUAACUUGAUAGCUAAGAAUGCAACUAGAUUAGAAGAGGCUGAUUUGUUAUACAGACAAGCUAUCAGUAUGCGCGCGGAUUAUACUCAAGCAUAUAUUAAUCGUGGCGAUGUUUUAAUUAAACUUAACCGUACAAAGGAAGCUCAAGAAGUUUAUGAACGAGCGCUAUUUUACGACAGUAAUAAUCCUGAUAUCUAUUAUAAUCUUGGUGUUGUAUUCUUGGAACAAGGGAAAGCGUCCCAAGCUCUGGCAUACUUGGAUAAAGCUUUAGAAUUUGAUCCAGAACACGAACAAGCGUUACUGAACUCCGCUAUAUUACUCCAAGAAUUAGGGCGGGCAGAAUUACGUAAAGUGGCUAGAGAAAGGCUCCUAAAACUUUUACGGAAGGAUUCUAAUAACGAGCGCGUACACUUCAAUUUGGGAAUGCUGGCCAUGGACGAUCAUGACAGCGGUGCCGCGGAACGUUGGUUCCGCAAUGCUGUCGCAUUGAAGGAAGACUUCCGCUCCGCAUUAUUCAAUCUCGCGUUACUGUUGGCGGACGAGCAACGUCCGCUCGAAGCGGCACCGUUCUUAAAUCAAUUGGUCAGAUUCCAUCCGGAUCACAUAAAAGGCCUAAUUCUGUUGGGAGACAUUUACAUCAACAACAUAAAGGACCUAGACGCUGCGGAAAAUUGCUACCGCAGAAUACUGCAACUGGAUCCCGCCAACAUUCAAGGACUGCACAAUCUCUGCGUCGUGAUGGUGGAACGCGGUAAAUUAGGUUUAGCGGCGCAAUGUCUGGAACAUGCUGCCGCCCUCGCGCCGCAUCAGGACUACGUACAGAGACACCUGUCGAUUGUGAGAGCUCGCAUUAAUCGUCAAUCGCCGGAGGAACGCGACACCGAUGUCUUCGACGAUUCUUUUUGGAACAGCAAUGUGAACGAUAGGCCCUUCAACACGGAGGCGUCGGAAGGGCAAUUUCUGGGCAAAACGGAUUCCGUAUUCACGAAUCACGCGACGGUUCACAAUCACAUAGGCAGUAAGCAAAGCAAUACCGAUUCUCUGAGUAAUAUUAUACACUUAAAAGGUCCAUCAAAACCUGCCCGGGCGAUGAGCGGCACAACGGAAACGAAAGACGGGCAGCGUCCUAAGCAAGCGGUCCCCGAGCUGAGUAAUAUCGUGGAGCCUACCACGGACAGGGUUUUCGAUAGGAUUAUAAGCGCUGACGUAACGAAGCUAGAUAUCACGCAGAAGCACGGCUCAAAACACGCAAAUUCCGAUCAGUUCAAUCAGAGCGCUGCCGCGACAGUCGGCGGCAAGCAAGGUAUUCAACAGACAAAGGACAGUGCGUUGUCAUAGUACUAAUGCAAAAUCCGCCGAAUACUGUAAAGUUAUGCAUAUAACGAAAAGUUAUGGUGGUACAGUCAUAUAGAGCUAAUGUGUGAAUAUAAAAUGGAUACAGAGUAUUGUUUUAUAUGCUGUAUAAAAAUAGGACGUUUUAUAAAAUAUAUUUAAAAGAA